AGGAAAGCGCCAAGCGCCAUGGAGUCGUUGGCGACUGAGCUGUACGGAGUUCAGGCUCUGCGCUUCGGGGAGUUCGUCCUGAAGAGCGGCCUGGUCUCCCCGGUCUAUAUUGACCUCCGCGUCAUUGUGUCGUAUCCGGCGCUGCUAAAUAAGGUAGCAGAUCUCCUUUUCUGUUCAGCGAAGGAUGCCGCACUCAAGUAUGAUUCCGUGUGUGGAGUUCCAUACACAGCUUUGCCCUUGGCUACAAUAAUCUGCUCAACGAAUAAGGUUCCAAUGCUUAUACGGAGAAAAGAAGCCAAAGAUCAUGGAACCAAACGCCUUGUGGAGGGCACAAUUAAUUCAGGAGAAACUUGCCUGAUUAUCGAGGAUGUAGUAACCAGUGGUUCAAGUGUCUUGGAGACGGCAGAAGUCCUUUGGAAAGAGGGACUGAAGGUUACUGAUGCCAUUGUGCUGUUGGACAGAGAACAAGGAGGGAAAGCCAUGUUGGAAAAACAUGGAAUUAGGCUGCACUCUGUGUGCAGCUUGUCUCAAAUUCUUCAAAUCCUUGAACAGCGGAAAAAAAUUACUUCUGAAACAGUGGUAAGAGUGGAAAAAUUCAUCCAAGACAAUAUUUUUAAGCCAUCUGAACAAAAUGGUACCGCUCCUGUGAAAAGGGUAUGCAAAGAAAUGAGUUACGCUGCUCGGGCUGAGCUGCCAGGCACUCAUCCUCUGGCUGCUCGACUCCUCAAGCUUAUGGAGAAAAAACAGUCUAACUUGUGCCUUUCUGCUGAUGUGAACAGUUCCAAAGAAUUGCUUCAGCUGGCUGACAGUCUGGGACCAUCCAUCUGCAUUUUGAAAACUCACAUUGAUAUUCUGGAUGAUUUUACCCAGGAAGUAGUUAAAGAACUGAGUGUACUUGCUGCUCGGCAUGAAUUCUUGAUUUUUGAAGACCGAAAAUUUGCAGACAUUGGAAAUACGGUGAAGCACCAGUACAAAGGCGGUGUUUUCAAAAUAGCAUCAUGGUCAGAUAUGGUUAAUGCCCAUGCAGUUCCUGGCCCAGGAGUUAUUAAGGGGCUGAAAGAAGUGGGGCAUCCUUUACAACGUGGGUGUCUCUUGAUUGGUGAGAUGAGCUCCAGUGAGUCCCUGGCCACAGGUGACUAUACGAAAGCUGUCGUCAGAAUGGCUGAAGAUCACUCAGAUUUUGUUCUGGGAUUUAUUUCUGGGUCCAGAAUUACUGAAAAACCUGAAUUUCUUCAUUUAACUCCAGGGGUCCAGAUGCAAGCUGGAGGUGAUAGCCUUGGGCAGAAGUACCUAAGUCCACAAGACGUUAUCAGAAAACGAAAUUCAGACAUCAUCAUUGUGGGACGAGGCAUCUUAUCUGCAUCAGACCGCCGGGCUGAAGCAGAGGCGUAUAGGAAACUAGCCUGGGAAAGUUACUUGCAGAGGAUUGGUGUUUGUCCUCAAAGUUAGCUAAGCUGGCUUCCACUAAACAAGCCACUCCAAGAAGCUAGCACAAUUAAGAAGAUAAAUGUGUUUUGCCCACCAAAUAUUUUUGUAUGUUAAAAUAAAUUUGCCACUGAAGGAUUUGGAAGCUGCUACAAAAAUAAUAGCUAUGGCACUUCUUGACAUUGAAAUCAAGAAUCAGAUGUUGUAUUAAGGUGAUUCUGGAAUUCUACCCUUGCAUUUUUAGUAAAAAUUAAAAAAAAAAAACAUUCCCAGGCUUUUAAAACAACAUCAUUGGGUUUGAAAACAUCAGUGAUAUAAAAAUGGAGAGAAGUCAGAAAACAAGAUAUAUCUUCAUAUAGCAUAUGCACUUAUCGGUUCUUAAUUGUUUUCUGUAU